CAUCUCUCAACUCAUCUCUCCUCAUCUCGUAAUUCAAUACUUCUUACUGCCUCAUGCCGUCUUACUUUACAUCUGCACCUGGCAAGGUCAUCUUGUUUGGCGAGCACGCUGUAGUCUACAGCAAGGUGGCAACCGCUGGUUCUUUGGGUCUACGAUCCUACAAUCUGGUUCAAGAAAGGACAGACGGUGCUAUUGAAGUGAAUUUCCCAGAUGUGCAACUUGUCAGGACAUGGCGAUCAAGUGAUAUUCCACGUCAAGCGCGGUGGGAAGGAUACCCUUAUCCUCCUUCGACCAUGAAUACCGAACUUGUGGAUCAAUUGACAAAGUUUGUGGACUUGGCAGAGCAUACGAACAGAUCUCAUGCAGCCGUUGCACUUUUAUACCUUCAUUCAUACCUUUCGACGGAUGAGAUUGCCAGUUCUGGAUACGACUUUAGUGUACGAUCGGAUCUUCCUGUGGGAGCAGGUCUGGGUUCAUCUGCAUCAUACAGCGUUUGUUUAGCGACCGCCUUACUUCAACUGAAUGGACAUUUGUCAUCAUCAAUAACAGCGGGAUGGACAGUGGCAGAGCAACGCGAUUUGGUGAAUCAAUGGGCAUUUCAAGCAGAGAAGGUGAUCCAUGGGAAUCCAAGUGGAAUCGAUAACACAGUUAGCACACUUGGGGGAGCUGUCAUGUUCAAGAAGGGUGAAAAGAUUAAGCCCUUGCCUGGAUUCCAGUCGUUGAGGUUCCUUCUUACAAAUACGCGUGUCCCAAGAGAAACGCAAGUUCAGGUUGCUAAUGUUAGAAAGCUACAUGAUAAAUUCCCUAAUAUUGUUAAUCCAAUGUUGGAUGCUAUCCAUGAGAUUAGUGUUUCUUGCGAAGAACUCUUUAGUCAGCCUGGAUUGGAUAGAUCCCAUUUAUUGACACGCUUUGGAGAAUUGGUGGACGUGAAUCACGGAUUGUUGACAGCAUUGGGUGUAUCGCAUCCAGUGCUCGAGAAGGUGCGUGAGAUUUCUUCCAGGAUUGGUCUCAAGUCCAAGCUAACUGGAGCUGGAGGUGGAGGGUGUGCAUUGACUCUGAUCCGAGAUGAUGUCAGCCCAGAGACCGUAGCUGAAGUGAAACGAUUGCUGGAAGCAGAGGGGUUCCAAUGCAUGGAGACCCAGGUUGGUGGUCACGGGGCAGGUAUCCUAACGCUAGAACAGCCCAUGUCGAUCGAAGAGUUCCUGUCGCAUGAUAAGGCAUACUUUGAAGCAGCCACCCACAACUGGACGUACUUUGAAUAAAAAAAAAC